AUGGCAGCGAGAAACAAACAAAAGAAACGCGCUGAGCCAGAGUCAGAUCUGUGCUUCGCUGGCAAACCAAUGUCUGUUGUGGAGUCGACGAUUCGAUGGCCUCAUCGCUACCAAUCCAAGAAAACAAAGCUCCAAGCUCCGACCAAAAAACCUGCAAAUAAGGGUGGCAAAAAAGAAGAUGAAGAGAUAAUAAAGCAAGCUAAAUGCCACUUUGACAAAGCUUUGGUUGAUGGAGUUCUCAUCAACCUAAACGACGAUGUCUAUGUCACGGGUCUACCAGGGAAGCUGAAAUUCAUUGCAAAAGUUAUCGAGCUCUUUGAAGCUGAUGAUGGGGUGCCGUAUUGUCGCUUUCGAUGGUACUAUCGGCCUGAAGAUACUUUAAUCGAAAGAUUUUCCCACCUUGUGCAACCAAAGAGAGUGUUUCUCUCAAAUGAUGAGAAUGACAAUCCUCUCACCUGCAUCUGGUCAAAAGUCAACAUCGCUAAAGUCCCAUUACCUAAGAUUACCUCCAGAAUCGAGCAAAGGGUUAUUCCUCCUUGUGAUUACUACUACGAUAUGAAGUACGAAGUUCCUUAUCUCAACUUUACAAGUGCAGAUGAUGGUAGUGAUGCCUCAUCAAGUCUUUCAAGUGACUCUGCCUUGAAUUGCUUUGAAAAUCUCCACAAGGAUGAAAAAUUCUUAUUGGAUCUAUACAGUGGGUGCGGAGCGAUGUCCACAGGUUUCUGCAUGGGAGCUUCCAUAUCAGGAGUAAAAUUGAUUACGAAAUGGUCUGUGGAUAUAAAUAAGUUUGCUUGUGAUAGUCUUAAACUUAAUCAUCCUGAAACAGAGGUGAGAAACGAAGCCGCAGAAGAUUUUCUAGCUCUUCUCAAAGAAUGGAAAAGGCUCUGUGAGAAGUUUUCUCUCGUUUCAAGCACCGAACCAGUGGAAUCAAUUUCUGAGUUAGAAGAUGAAGAAGUUGAAGAAAAUGAUGACAUAGAUGAGGCAAGUACUGGUGCUGAACUCGAACCUGGAGAGUUUGAAGUAGAAAAGUUCCUUGGCAUCAUGUUUGGAGAUCCUCAAGGCACAGGGGAAAAGACACUUCAACUUAUGGUAAGGUGGAAGGGAUACAAUUCUAGUUAUGACACAUGGGAACCUUACUCUGGCUUAGGCAACUGCAAGGAGAAGCUGAAGGAGUACGUGAUAGAUGGGUUUAAGUCUCAUCUCUUACCACUUCCGGGUACUGUCUACACAGUGUGCGGUGGGCCCCCUUGCCAAGGGAUCAGUGGGUAUAACCGGUAUAGAAACAAUGAAGCACCGCUUGAAGAUCAGAAGAACCAGCAACUUUUGGUGUUUUUAGACAUCAUUGACUUCCUCAAGCCAAACUAUGUGCUGAUGGAAAAUGUUGUAGACCUUCUUAGGUUUUCAAAGGGUUUCCUGGCACGUCAUGCUGUAGCUAGCUUUGUUGCGAUGAAUUACCAGACGCGGUUGGGCAUGAUGGCUGCUGGAUCUUAUGGGCUCCCUCAGCUUAGAAACAGGGUUUUUUUAUGGGCUGCACAACCAUCAGAGAAACUUCCCCCUUAUCCCCUCCCAACACAUGAAGUUGCUAAAAAGUUCAACACACCUAAAGAAUUCAAAGAUUUACAAGUUGGACGUAUUCAAAUGGAGUUCCUUAAAUUGGACAACGCUCUUACGCUGGCUGAUGCUAUUAGUGAUCUGCCACCGGUGACAAAUUAUGUGGCAAAUGAUGUAAUGGAUUAUAAUGAUGCUGCUCCUAAGACAGAGUUUGAGAACUUUAUUAGCCUCAAAAGAUCUGAGACACUUUUACCCGCAUUUGGUGGAGAUCCGACACGCAGGUUGUUUGAUCACCAACCCCUCGUAUUAGGAGAUGAUGACUUGGAAAGAGUUUCCUACAUACCAAAACAGAAGGGGGCAAACUAUCGCGACAUGCCUGGUGUUUUAGUUCACAACAACAAAGCGGAAAUUAAUCCUAGGUUUCGAGCAAAGUUGAAAUCUGGAAAAAAUGUGGUCCCUGCUUAUGCAAUUUCAUUCAUAAAAGGAAAAUCAAAAAAGCCGUUUGGUAGACUUUGGGGUGAUGAAAUCGUUAACACUGUUGUGACAAGGGCUGAACCUCACAACCAGUGUGUAAUCCAUCCAAUGCAAAACCGUGUGUUGUCUGUUCGUGAGAAUGCGAGAUUACAGGGGUUCCCUGAUUGUUACAAGCUCUGUGGAACAAUUAAGGAAAAGUACAUCCAGGUUGGGAAUGCUGUGGCAGUUCCUGUAGGGGUUGCAUUAGGAUAUGCCUUUGGUAUGGCGAGUCAAGGACUGACGGAUGAUGAACCAGUAAUCAAGCUGCCAUUCAAGUAUCCCGAAUGCAUGCAGGCAAAGGAUCAAAUCUGAUUGACAGUCUCCAUCAAGUCGUCAUGAUGAAACUAUCUUUAGGAAUCAUACUUCAUUUUCUAGACUUUCUUUUAAUUUUUUGGGUUAGCAAGAGCUAUAUGCUCAAACAAUGGCGGCUUAAACUGUCUAGCUCUUUCUUGUUGGUUUAUCUUUGACUUUAUAAUCAUUUGGAACCAUUUUAUUUCUUAUGAUUUUUAAUCUCAAGAUUUCAAAUUCU